UUUACCACAAAGCCCUUGUCCAUUCUAUGUAGUCGUUCGAUAUCUUCGACUCUUUCGAUUCCCCACGCUCCUCUGUUUCAGAAAAUUAAUUUUUGCGAUUUUCUCUGCAUAUUUUCAGGCUGGGGGAAUUGAUUCUAUAUGGGUGUUAUCAAACUGUUAUGCAACAAUCCGUCAGUUCUCGGGGAAAAACCAAAAUUUGGUACCAAUUGUUGUUCGUUGAGACUCGGUAGUGCUACCUGUAUGACUCCAUCCUCCGCCUCCAGCUCGGUCUCUGCAGUUCCGACAAAAGAUGACACUCAACAGCAGCGUGGCUCUGCGGUGACUGGGGACUCAUUUAUUCGGCCGCAUCUCCGUAAAUUAUCUCCUUAUCAGCCAAUCUUACCUUUUGAGGUGUUGUCCACUCGCCUUGGUAGGAAGCCUGAGGAUAUAGUAAAACUUGAUGCCAAUGAAAACCCAUAUGGGCCGCCACCAGAGGUUUCUGAGGCAUUGGGCUCCAUGAGGUUCCCAUAUAUAUAUCCUGACCCUGAAAGCCGCAGGUUGCGAGCUGCGCUUGCUGAAGAUUCUGGCCUGGAAUCUGAUUAUAUUCUAGCUGGCUGUGGUGCAGAUGAACUGAUUGAUUUGAUUAUGCGAUGUGUGUUAGAACCUGGUGACAAAAUAUUGGACUGCCCACCAACCUUCACCAUGUAUGAGUUUGAUGCAAAUGUUAAUGCUGCACUUGUUGUUAAAGUACCCCGGAAAUCAGACUUCAGCUUGGAUGUAAAACGGAUUGUUGAAGUUGUUGAGCAGGAAAGGCCAAAAUGUAUAUUCCUAACCUCGCCUAAUAAUCCAGAUGGAAGCAUAAUAGAUGGUGAAACUCUUCUCCAAAUACUUAAUCUGCCAAUAUUGGUUGUGCUGGAUGAAGCAUACAUUGAAUUUUCUGGAAUUGAGUCCAAAAUGAAAUGGGUGAAGAAGUUUGAAAAUCUAAUCGUUCUUCGUACUUUCAGCAAAAGAGCCGGUUUAGCUGGGCUUCGGGUUGGGUAUGGGGCAUUUCCUCUGAGUAUCAUUGAAUAUUUAUGGAGAGCAAAACAACCAUAUAAUGUGUCUGUUGCUGCUGAGAUUGCAGCAUGUGCUGCAUUACAGAACUCUGAUUACCUAGAGAAAGUAAAAGUUGCGUUGGUUCAAGAAAGGGAGAGGCUCUUCAAGCUUUUGAAAGAAGUAGCAUUUCUAAAGCCAUUUCCAAGCUACUCAAAUUUCAUUCUUUGUGAAGUUACAUCUGGGAUGGAUGCUAAAAAAUUGAAGGAAGACCUUGCAAAAAUGGGAGUGAUGAUUCGCCACUACAGCAAGAAAGAGUUGGCUGGUUAUGUCCGUAUCUCGGUAGGAAAACCAGAGCAUACAGAUUCUUUAAUGGAGAGCCUCAGGCGCCUGAUAUAGAUAUAAAGAGAGAGAGGAGAAUCUAUCUUGUAAUGUAAGGCAAAGCAAGGUAAGGUAAGGUAAGGUUGGUCCAUUCCAUACCAUUCAGCCAAAUUCACAAUUCAUUGGAAUUGUAGACAGAAUAAGAAUGUUGCUGAACAUGUUGUGAACAUAUAAUUGUGACCAUUCUUGGUGGGCAUUGCUGUUCAAGAAUGGCUCCUGCUGAGUUCCAUGGGAGGGAAUUAAGUGGGUUCUGGUACUUCCUACUAUAGUUGAAUAGCUUUUUGGGUUGGGUGUGAUUGAUAUCUAUAUAUCAAGUGUGAAAAGAGUGCUGGAAUGGAAUGGAGCAUUAAAUAACAUGAAGGAGUGGUGGGAUCCGAAGGGGGCUAGUGAAAUCAGUAAUCUUGUACAAUUUGAGCUGUUGAUGGUGCACAAGGCAAUGUUUCUCUCCGCAUAGGCCACCACCAUUAAUGCACACUACAAACAAGCUCACAAAUGACAUAUAUUAGCUCCAAAGAAAGAGAACACAGGUCUAAUAAGGUACAUUAGCUUUUGUUUUAUUUUUCCUUAUCUUUUGGUAAUUUCUAUGCUGUGCUUUCUCUCAUAUAUAUAUUUAUUUAAUUAUUUGAACUCACUGUUGCUGCAUAUGAUACAAUUAUUGCUUUAUCAUUUGUCUGGAAAUUGGCUCUCUGAAUGGAAAAAACAUUUGUAGAAU